AUUCGCAAUAUGAAAGAGAUUCGCAAGAUGAAAUGGAUUCACAAAAUGAAAUGGAUUCGCAAGAUGAAAUGGAUUCGCAAUAUGAAAGAGAUUCGCAAUAUGAGAGUGAUCUGCAUGAUGAAAUUGAGCAAAUGGGAACGCUGGAUGAAAUAGGAAUGCUGGACGAAAUAGGAAUACUAGAGGAUGACUAUGUAAUGGAGGAGGAUGACAAUAUAGGAGUAAAGCGACAUGGUGCGACAAGUGGGUGUAGGACAUGUUUAGUUUCAAGAGACAAUUUAACAGACGAAAACUUAGAUAUUGCCAACGUUUUCCGUUAUCACCACAUUACAAAUACUCAGUUUGAGGACAUUUUUGCAGCUCCAACGAUUACACAACAAAAUGACAUUUUCAAAAGAUACGGUCUACAAAAAUGUUUUCCUAUACUUGAUGAACUUCAACGUGAACAACAUCUCCAGUCACCCCAGGACAUUUAUCAUAUAAUGGCCGGUAAAACUCUAAAACUUCUUAAAUUAACUGUUGCGAUAUUAUCACUGGUUGGUGAACAAAGAUUUCUCAGGGUUUGGAGGUCAUUCGAAUAUCCUCAACAAUGGUCAAAACUUCCAAACCCUAUAAGUCAUAUUGAAA